AUGUCCGAGCAAGAAGUUCAAGAGUUGCCAACCGAAACAGUUGAAGAAGUUACAGUUGAGUCAAAGAACGAAGAUGCCCCAACUAAUCCAAAUGGUAACGAUGCAGCUGAAAACGCGACUGAUGCAAAUACUUCCACCACCGAAAGUACAAAGAGAAAAGAAUCAGAUGUAGCUGCCGGCGAGCCAAAGAAGAAGAAAAAGAGAAGAACAUAUGACGACGACGAAUCGGAACCAAAGAAAAAGGAAGAGAGUACCAAAGGUGGUGAAAAAUUGGGUGACGAAGAUGAAGAUGAAGAUGAAGAUGCUGAUGCCGAAGUGCAAGAAGAAGGGGAGGAAGAGGAAGAGGAAGAGGAGGAGGAGGAGGACGAUGAUGAUGAUGAUGACGAUGACGAAGAGGAUUACGAAGGAGAGGACGAUGCAGAAGAUGACGAAGAAGAAGUGGAUGAGCUCAAUGAAAUCGACACUACAAACAUCAUUACUGGGGGAAGAAGGACAAGAGGCAAGCAAAUUGAUUUCAAGGAUGCUGCUGCAAAGUUAGAUGCAGAGAAAACCGAAAAUUAA